AUGGUGAAUGAGUGGUGUGCCUUUCAGAGGCACUGCUUUACUGGCAGCUACCCCGUCAUCGAGCCCCUGCUGCGGCACUUCCCCAACAUGUCUGUGGGCUUCACGGCGGUCCUGACAUACUCCUCGGCCUGGGAGGCCCGGGAAGCGCUGAGGCACAUCCCGCUGGAGAGGAUCAUUGUGGAGACGGAUGCUCCCUACUUCCUGCCCCGACAGGUUCCCAGGAGCCUCUGCCAGUAUGCCCACCCAGGCCUGGCCUUGCAUACGGUCCGAGAGAUCGCGCGUGUCAAAGCUCAGCCGCUCUCCCACACCUUAGCCACCCUGCGGGAGAACACAAGCCGCCUCUACAAUCUUUAAGUGGAGGGGUGCGGUCCGGAGAAAAAGGUCAGACUAGAAAAGGUCAUAAAGAUCACGUUGUAUGUUUUUUAAAAAUCAGGACAAAAACAGGUUUCUCUGCAUUUCUUUUACUGGAUGUAGACCAUAGGGUGAGCAUUAAGCCUGACCUGUCUCCUGUCUUGAGUGAACUUGGUUUGGGACCUUCUUCAUUUUCUCUUCCCACCCCUCCAGGACGACUAGUGGCCUGACAGAAGAUGGACUGGUUUGCUCUGCCUGUCUGUCCCAGUCAGGGAUGUGUCUGGAAAGAGCUCCUUGGAACGGAGGAAACCAGGACAGGAUGUUUGCCUUGAAGCCCCGUGCUAAGGCUCUACUUCCGGCUGGGGGAUGGGUGGGGAGCAGCGGAGCGAGGCAUGGGUAGGGGUCUACCUCCAGGGCGGUCAGUGGCACAGGACGGGCCUGAGAGGAGGGCGCAGCGAGCUCACCACUCCAAGUCUUGGUGCUCUGCAGCCCGCGGCAGUCUUCACAGCCCCUCUCCUGCUCCUCUGCGCGCCUGUGGGGAUGUGUCUCGGCUCCUGGUUCUCAGGUCAAAAGAUGAAUUCCCAAGUGGGAAUUCUCCUCUGGGGGAUAGUUGCUGGAGCCGUGUCUCGAAGGCUUAUGGUCCUGCAACCGAGAAGUCCCCCCUUCCUCACCUGGAUGACUCUUCAGUUUGGCUGUCCCCACUGCUGCCUCAGCUCUGCU